AUGAUUGAGGGCAUCUACGAGGUUAUGCCAGAGAAGUUCAACGAGGCACUUAAGUCCUAUCUCAAGUCGACCAAUGAGGUGGUUCCUCUCCAGGACCAUGACAUUAUGAAAACUGGCGAGGGAAGGGAGCAAGCACCCAUCGAAGAAGACUGGUACUUUACGAGGAUGGCCUCGAUUGUGAGGCAGAUCUCUAUCAAGGGAGCUGUCACAUCCGAGUUUCUUGCAAAGAGGUAUGGGUCUCUCAAGAACAGAGGAUGUAGGCCCAGCAAAUAUGUAGGGGCCUACCCGGAAAUAGGGGAAUCUGUCCUCGAGAAUCUGAAGAACAUGGGAUGGAUAAACGAGCAUCCCAAGGACAUGCUAACAGAGAAGGGUAAGACAAUAGUUAGGGAGAUCAUUGAAAAGGUCCGGGAAUAA